UUAUGUUAUAUGCCUGUAUGGUCAACACUACCGGUGUCGCUGAAUUUUGUUUUUAAAGAUUUUUGUCCAUCAGCGGUUGUUUAAUUACUUAUUUUUUGCAAUUUAGUAGUCAACAUGACGAAAGACGACAGCUUGGAGAAAAAGUCAGUGGAACGUAAUGACAGUGAUAAAAAAACAAUAGCUGAUUCAGGACCAGAUCCUAUAGCUCCAAUCACAAGAAAAGGUGUAUUAACAUCUUUUCUAACUAGCAAACCUAUGGAAAUACCAGAACAAGAUAUUCUUGGCAAAUGCAGAUUUGUUUCUGAAUUUGAAAAAUUGAAUCGUAUUGGUGAAGGUACUUAUGGAAUUGUAUAUCGAGCCAGAGAUACCAAAAAUGAUAAAGUUGUUGCAUUGAAGAAAGUAAGAAUGGAACAUGAGAAGGAUGGAUUGCCAGUGAGCGGUCUCAGGGAAAUAUCAGUUUUGUUAUCGUGCAGACAUGAAAACAUCGUACAUUUGAGAGAAGUAGUAGUUGGCAGAAGCUUGGAAAGUAUAUUUCUUGCGAUGGAAUAUUGCGAACAAGACUUGGCGAGCUUGCUGGAUAAUAUGCAAGCACCGUUUUCAGAAAGCCAAGUCAAAUGUAUAGUAUUGCAAGUGUUGAAAGGUCUUCGAUACUUGCAUCAUAACUUUGUUGUUCAUAGAGACUUGAAAGUUUCUAAUCUCCUUAUGACCGACAAGGGUUGUGUAAAAAUUGCUGAUUUUGGUCUGGCUAGGUGGUUCGGCUUGCCUCUAAAACCAAUGACUCCUAAAGUAGUAACAUUAUGGUAUAGAGCACCGGAAUUAUUAUUGCAAGCUAAAACGCAAACUACUUCUGUUGAUAUGUGGGCAGCUGGAUGCAUAUUAGGAGAAUUAUUGGGACACAGACCUUUAUUACCUGGUAGAACAGAAAUUGCACAAUUAGAAUUAAUUGUUGACUUGUUGGGUACACCCAGCGAGGCUAUUUGGCCAGAAUUCAACUCAUUACCGGCGUUACAGAAUUUCACGCUUAAACAGCAACCGUACAAUAACUUGAAACAAAGAUUUCCUUGGUUAAGCGCUGCUGGUCUUAGAUUAUUGAAUUUCUUAUUUAUGUACGACCCGAAAAAGAGAGCAACCGCUGAAGAAUGUUUGCAGAGUAGUUACUUUAAGGAGGCUCCUUUACCUUGUGAUCCAAAAUUAAUGCCGACUUUUCCACAACAUAGAAAUAUGAAAAAAGCUGCCACGCAAAAAGAAAAUCGUGAAGAACCUACUGUUACUGAUCAAACUAAUAAUCUACCAGCAAUUUCGGACCUUCUUGGAUCAUUAGUUAAGAAAAGACGAGUGGAAUAAAAUUUCAAGUUUACUUGAGAAAAAGCAUUAAUCUUGUGAGUGGAAUAUAUAUAUUUUUCCGAUUUCAUUUAAUGACAACAAUAUGUAAACUUAUCACCAAAUACAUAAUGUGAAAUGAU